CAUACGUUAUCGUCGGUGCGUUCGCAUUUCUGCACUUCGAGCAACAGUUCGAUGCAGUGCUACGUCACAACAGAUCACUGACGAAGACCGACUGUGUACAACGAGUUCUCGCUGCCCAGUUGCGCCAGCUGACCGGUCCGGAUGUGGGCCGCCUGGCCAGAACAAUUGCCAAUGCCUGUAUUGUGGAGAAAAGGGAACCAAGAGAAGAGUGGACAUUUGUGAAUUCAGCACUCUACACGUUCGGGAUUGUAACAACUCUAGCGAAUGGCCGUACAUUUGCGGUAAUAUAUGGCCUAUUUGGUGUACCGAUUACAAUGAUCAUUUUUUCGAAUUUUGGAAAGUUCAUUGAAUAUUUUGCGAUUUUUAUUUAUUACAAAUAUUUCAAACGCAACGCAGAACAAGCAAAGUACCACAAUACACUGCCUGCUUCGAUAUUGAUAGCGAUUAUUUUGGUCUAUUUGAUAAUUGGUGCAUUAUUUAUGCCGCUCUUGAACGGACAAUUUGAUUUUUUCAAUGGGAUCUACUGGUCAUUUUUGUGUUUUACCGCUAUCGAGUAUGGCGAACUCAUCCCAAUCAAGCUAAAACUUGGUGAACUUAUGACAGCAAUCGGUCAGAGUGUUGGUCUUGCUGAAUCCAUAAUUCAUAGUAUUGAUCUGGAAACGAUUGUUAAAAGUGCUAUCCUGGUAAAAGAAGGCAAGCUUAAUCGUGCUCCGCAAACACUGGUGCUCAUGGAGGGAAUCUGGCCACCGGAAUUGGUACCACUGUUCCUGAAAGAUGGUGCUUUCCCGCAGUAUGCUGAUGACGAUAAACCAAGCAGCAUUCGGAGUAGCAGUAACUCACUUGUACCACCUUCGUAUGCUCCGUCCCUCAGUGAGGCAAAAAAUGAAGAUGAUCAGAGAAGAGCUGGCGAAACGGAAAAAGCCCAGGAUACCGAGCUUACUUUGAGUAUGUGA